GAAUAUCGGAGUGUAGAUAAGCCGGUGCUGGGCGCUCCUUCUCAUUCUUCGGUUCUACUCGACGAAGAGAAGAGUCAUGCCUGAACCCGCGAAGUCCGCGCCGAAGAAGGGAUCGAAGAAAGCCGUGACCAAGACGGCCGGCAAAGGAGGCAAGAAGCGCAGAAAGUCCAGGAGGGAGAGCUACGCUAUCUAUGUGUACAAAGUGCUGAAGCAGGUGCACCCCGACACCGGCAUUUCCGCCAAGGCGAUGGGCAUCAUGAACUCGUUCGUCAACGACAUCUUCGAGCGCAUCGCCGGUGAGUCGUCCCGUUUGGCUCAUUACAACAAGCGUUCCACCAUCACGUCCAGGGAGAUCCAGACCGCCGUGCGCCUGCUUCUUCCUGGUGAGCUGGCCAAGCACGCCGUGUCCGAGGGCACCAAGGCCGUCACCAAGUACACGAGCUCCAAGUAAGAAGUGAGGAAGACUUGAUCAACCCAACGGCUUUUUUAAGAGCCACCCACGGUUUCGCUUAGAGAGCUUUUCUUUCUCGUUUGUUUGUGUGUGAUGAAUGGAGAAAACUCAAACUGCAUUAAAAAAUAUUACUAAUAACUGGCAAACAAAUGAAGGCUAUAGUACAUGUUAUGCUGCAGUUGAGUGAGUAAAGGUUUAUCUCCAGCCAGUUCUUAGGCUGGUAAAUUUAAAGCAUUGUUUCUUAACCCUGUUCAGUGCUGAUGUUUGUAAUUUUUUUCUGUUUCCACCCCAAUAACAAUUGAUUGAAUUUGAUUAUGAGCUGGAUCAGGUGUGGUGGGCCAGGGAAUAGUUGGAAUACUGUGUAGUGUGGUGUGUUGUCAAGAGCCAGAUUAAGCAAUGAUAAAUUUGGACCUAGGUUUUUGGCUUAUGAUGAAGCUCCAAGAAGUAUGAACUGGUGUGUAGCAAGGCCCCAGGCUUCUGAUGUAUUUAAUCCAAGUAAAAGGGUGUGUGAGUGAAUAAAACUACAUUUAGGGCAAGGCCUCAAAGUCAUGCUGAAGUUAGACUGAGUAUAAACGAGUUUACAGCUAGGUCAGAGACGUAUGAGGAAAUGGGAGUUAGCUAAAAUAGGUUACAAUCUAAGCCUUAGGUCUGUGAUGUUGAACCAGGCGUUAGGCUCAUGUUUAGAUUUAACUUUGUCAUUGUACAGAGCCAAUGAAAUGCAGUUAGCAUCUAACGAGAAGUGCAAAAUACAGUAUUAUUUACAUAUAAUGUGCAGAAGGA